AUGCAAAUAUAUUACUUCAAUAAAUGGCCUUAGGGCCAGCUAGUUUUGGCCCAUCUACUACCUUUAAUGGCUACCCCUAACCUAAAAAAAGCAAAUUUGAACUUCUCCGGAUAACUAUGGCAUAGGUCUCUUCAUUAUUGUUAGCUACAGCUACGGCUAUCUGUGAUGAAAUUACUCCUAUUUGAUAAGAACAAGGUGGCUAUUAGUCCUUAAACUACACUCCACUGCGCUGCUUCUUCCCUUCUCCCUUGCCUCGCUUUGUGGAAUCCAUGUCAGAGAUUAAAUGGUGGCAGAAUCAUAAACCAAAUCAGUCUCUUGCUUCCUUCCUCUGCUUGAGAAAGGUAAAUAAGAUUUUUUAAGGAUACGCAUGGGUGUUUGCGGGAUAGGGACAAGAGGCCAAAUCGUAAAACAAAGAAAGUGAUAGCUAGUAAACGAACCGAAAGUAGUGAUAAAAGGAAUUUUAGGUUUGUGGAAACAACUUGUAAGGGUUGCUUUCAUGGAGUGGAACUUGAAGAUGCCUCCUUGGGAUUUGGCAGAGUCGCAUCAAGAGACCGAAACACGUUUCUUCUCCUUAAUCGGAUCAAGCAGUGAGUCUCAACAACAAAGCGGAAGAAUUGAUUGCUCGGUUGAUUUGAAACUUGGGGAAUUAGGAGAUUUCGGAUUAUCAAAGCAGUGGAAAGAUGGAACCUUGAGGGCCUCAGCUUCCAUGGUGACUUCCUCUGGUGCAUCAAGGAGGGCUCGGGUUCCAAGCAGUACUGGUCAUAUUGCUACUUGCUCUGUGGAUGGCUGCGUUGCUGACCUUAGCAAGUGCAGGGAAUAUCACAAGCGGCACAAGGUGUGCGAGGCUCACUCUAAGACUCCAAUUGUGGUGGUCGCAGGGCGAGAACAACGCUUCUGUCAGCAGUGCAGCAGAUUCCACUCUUUGUCAGAGUUUGAUGAAGGGAAGCGAAGUUGCAGGAAGCGCCUUGAUGGGCACAACAGGCGCAGAAGGAAGCCCCAGCUGGAUACUCUAAACCCAGGAAACUUACUCUCCAACCACCAAGGGACCGGAUACUCUUCACACCUGCAAAUAAGCCCCUCUACCAUGCCUGAUCCUAACUGGAUCAACUUCUCAGCAAAAUCUGAGCACGGAGCUCUCCACUCUCACUGCCUCCCUUUGCAGUUUCCCUUCCUGCAGCAGAGUGAAGCAGGCCUUGGCUCUGAUCGUGCUUUCUCUCUUCUGUCAUCUUCUGCCCAAUCUUCACAAAUCCAUCUAAGUCCAAUGGCGUACAGUGCCGAUAAGAUCUCCACUGAACAACCUUUGCAGCAAUGUAGCAGUGCAGAACUGUAUCCUUGCUUUCAUUCUCCUACUUGUGCAUCAAUGGCAGGGAUGCCAUGCGUUCAAACGGAGGAUGAGAAUGUGGGAAGCAACCUGGUAUCGGAAGCUAAUGGUACCAAUCUCCAUUGCCAAGGUAUGUUCCAGGGUAGCAGUAAGGUUUUGUUAGAAGGAACAUCUGAAACUCCUCCCAACCCCUGGCAAUGGUAAAUCCUUUUUUCUUUUAA